AUGUCGCAACACCAAUUCAUUGUCGCUGGUGAUCCGCAUGAUUAUGAUCCGGAAAAGUGGACAAGCGUCCCUAAUGCGCUUCCAAGACGUGCCCCAGAAACACAUGUCAACGUGCUGAUCGUUGGUGCGGGCUUUGGCGGAUUGAUGACUGCCUUGGAGUGUUGGAGAAAGGGGCAUAAUGUGGUGGGGAUCCUCGAACGAAGCCAUGGCCCCAAUUAUAGCGGGGACCUAAUCAUCAUUCAGCCCUCGGCGGUUGCUGUGAUGCGUCACUGGCCCGACAUGUACCGCGAGCUGGAGGAAGACAAAGUUGAAGCGGCCAGCUACUAUGUGAGGCACAACGGCCAGAUCAUCUACGGACCCUCUGCCCCCAGCUACAAUGACCCCGAACACCUUGCCGAGCGGGAAGGCUAUCCGUUCGUGGGGCCAGUUCAGAUCCGCAAAAAGUUCUUCCAGAUGCUCCUGCGGCAAGUGGCCAAAAUAGGUCUCCGGGUGGAUUAUGGUCGACGGGUCGAUCGCUAUUUCGAAGAUGAGACCGCUGGGCUUGGUGGCGUGGUGCUGGACGACGGCUCAGUCCGGAUUGCGCAUCUCGUGGUUGCAGCUGACGCUUUCCGGUCUCGUUCGGAGCUGCUCGUUGCCGGCGAGCAUAUGCCCACGCGGCCUAGCGGUAUGUCAGUGUACCGUAGUGUCUACCCACGCGAGUUGACACUGGAAGAUGAGGUGGUGCAGAAGCGCUGGCCCAGAGGCGUCUCCACAAAGGAGUACUGGCUGGGACCAGGAAUGCACAUGGGUCUCUUCAUUUCGCCUGAGCUGGUGGCUUUCGGGCUCACGCCACGGGAUAGCUUCUUGUUGGAGGGCAGCACCCCACCAGUUGAAUCAUGGGACCCCGACGUGAACCCAGAGGACGUAAUUAAGGUGCUACAGCGGGUGUCUGACUGGGACCCGGCCAUAGAGGCCUUGGUUAACCGGGCUCCCCGAGGCACCGUCAUUCAUUGGCCGCUGCUCUGGCGCAACCUGCGCCCCAAAUGGACAUCUACGAGCGGACGCGUCGUUCAACUUGGGGAUGCCGCUCAUUCCAGUGUGCCGGCCUCCGCUGCUGGGGCCACCUUGGCCAUCGAGGACGCUAUCACGCUUGCUUCGUGCCUGCAACUCGCCACCACGGUGGGAGGCUCGGCGGGUGCCCCUUUGGGUGCGAGGAUCUACAAUUUGCUGCGGUACCAACGCGUCAGCUGCACCCAAAAGAUGGCAUUCAUCAACUCACAGCUUCUGAAUGCUUACACCACAGAUUGGGAUGCCAUUCAGAAGGACCCAAAGCAGGUACGCCUGCGAUUCCCCAAGUGGAUGUUUCGGCAUGAUCCUGAGGCUUAUGCCUACGAAAAGUACGGACAGGCUUUUGCACAUUUGAUUUCUGGUGCAGAAUUUCAAAACACCAAUUUCCCCUCGGGACAUAGGUUCGUGCCCUGGACAAUUGAAGAGAUCCAUCAGCAAAUUGCUGAAGGGAAACGAGUGGAGGACUUGCUAGAUGGCGACUGGUCGUAG